AAAUCUUGAACUUGGAAUGUGCUUUCCAAGGGCGACGAGCCCAGGACUUGUGGACGCAAUCGCAAAACUUCCAUUGCUUGAAACCCUCGAGGUCUCACACUCAUGUUUAAUUCUGGAUAUCCAAGGUAUAGGUCAGGCUUGCCCACGGCUAAAGACAUUCAAGUUAAAAUCCUCAGGGCGUUUCUGGAGCGCUCGCAUCAAAUGUGAUGAUGAUUAUUAUGCCCUAGAAAUCGCUGAAAACAUGCCAGAACUACGCCACCUCUACCUUGAUGGGAACAAACUAAGUGACAUAGGCUUGAACGCCAUUCUUGACGGUUGUCCUCACCUGGAACACCUCGAUUUACAUAACCGUUUUCAUUUGUUUCUCCUUGCCUUGGCCACCGUCUUCUUGUCUUUACCUCCGGCGAUGGAGGACGGAGAUUAUAGAAACUGGGCUGAGCUUCCAGCAGAACUGACGUCAUCGGUUCUUCUCCGGCUUGGCGUGGUUGAGAUACUCGAAAAUGCUCAGAAAGUGUGCAGAUCGUGGCGUCGCGUCUGUAAAGACCCUUCGAUGUGGCGGAAGAUUGUCAUAGACAACAGCGGAAAUAGGGAUAUCUUCAAGUACGACCUCGAGUCCAUGUGCCGUCACGCCGUUGAUCGUAGCCAGGGCGGUUUGCUUGAGAUCGAUAUUGAGUACUUUGGUACUGAUAAACUCCUCGAUUACAUCGCCGAUAGUUCAAGUAAUCUGAGAAGCCUUAGACUUGUAAGAUGCCAUCAAAUAACAGAUAAGGGAGUUGCCGAAGCAGUUGUAAAACUUCCAUUGCUUGAAGACCUCGAGGUUUCAUACUGCUCAUUUUCAGGAGAGUGUCUGAGUGUUGUAGGCCAGUCUUGUCCACAUCUGAAGACAUUGAAGCUAAACCGCCGACCUCAUUACAGUUUUGAUCUUUUAAGCCAUGCAUGUACUCGUCGUCCCAGUUUGAUCAAAGCGAUUGUACAUAACACAUCAAGUAAUCUGAAAAGUUUUGCACUUCCAGUCUGUUACCCAUCGAUAACAACGAUAGAAGAACUUGUUAACGCAAUCGCGAAAUUUCCAUUUCUUGAAACCCUCGAGUUCUUCGACUUCUUGUUUAUACUGGAUUUGAAAGCUAUAGGCCACGCUUGCCCACAGCUAAAGACAUUGAAGAUAAACUUCUCAGGCUACACCCCUUGUGAUGAUGAUGAUGCCAUAGCAAUCGCUGAAAGCAUGCCCGAACUACGCCACCUCCAGCUUAUUGGGAACGGACGACUAACCGACACAGGCUUGAACGCCAUUCGUGACGGUUGUCCUCAUCUGGAACACCUUGACAGACGUGAUGAAUCUCCUGGGGAUCACGAUCGCCAUGAGAUCGUGAUUAGAGCUUCAGAUUGUGAUCCUUAUGAGAUCAUAAUCGGUUGUUCAUAGUUUUCGUUUUAUCAUCUUGUGUAAUCUGUGUAUGUGUGAUUGUAAUCAAUAGCUACAGAGAUCUAUAAAGGAUUUUGUGAGUU